GAAACAGAGAGAGACGAAAACGCUAGCUGAGAAAAGAGCAGAUAAAAGAGGGGACGGAGCGACUCGAUCUGCUCUAAUCGCCGCUUUCAUCUUUGUUUUCAAAAAUAUUGAUUUGGUAUAUAUGAAAACACAGUACGUGGUUGGAUAAUGGCUGUUCAGGCUCCUGCCAAACGGGUUUUCGAUUUUGAUGAUGAUGAUGAUGAUGAUGAUAGACCUUUAACCUUUAAAAGAACCAGUACACAAUCCUCUAAGCAAAAUCAGUUGAAGUCAGAAGUAAAGAAGCCAUUAUCUCAAAGGCAUGAUGGGCAGCCGGGAAAGCCACCAGCUGGUGUACAAUCUCUCAAUGGUCAAAGCUCCAAUGCCCAGAAGACUAAGACUAUUCUGUCUUCCAAGGCGUCUCCAGUCAAAUCUCCUCUAGCAAGUCCAACACCAUCAACUUCAUUGGCCAGGGUAUCGCCAGUGAAGUCACCAGUGUUGUAUUCAAAGGCAUCAACUUCAUUGAGUGAUCAUCCAAAGCAGGCAUUAAAACGUAAUGUGUCUCCUGCUGUUAAGGAGGAGAAAAGCCCAACAAAACAUGGAAUUGAGCCAGAGAGUGAUGAGGAGGAUUCUGAAGAUGAUGUCCCUCUGAGUGCUAGGCUUAAGGGUAAUUCAAAUCAAGGUGCCAAGGGUCCCAGCACUUCUGCUCGUGCAAAAACACAGCAACUAGUGCCAAAGACUGAAAACAAAGGAUUUAAUGAAGAUUUGGAUGAUUCUGCUCCUCUGUCCUCAAGGUUCAACAUGAAGUCUGGUACAUGGACUUCAAGUAACAGGCUUAAUGAUACUGAUGAGAAGAAACCUUUGAUCUCUAAAAUUCAGCAGAAUGGAUCCAUGAUGAAAGACAAACAAUUGAAGUUGUCCAUGGUAUCGGGUAAGAGACCUCUUGAGAAGGGCAAUUCUUCAGACCCGUCUUCAGUUAAAAAGCCAAAGCUUUCAGAUGCAUCUACUACAGUGAAAGCCAAGCAAGUAACAGUAAAAGCAGAAGAGAAGGCUGAUGAUGAUGACCACAUUCCAAUUGCCCAGAGAAUGAAAAAGUCUACUUCAUUGGAUGCUAAGUCGUCAUCUAUGAAGCAAAAAGCAACCAAGGUUACCUCUGCUUCAUUUAAAAACACAAAUAAGAAAUUCAAGAAAGACAUGAAAAAUUCAAAAUACGGUAAGUCAACAAAGGUUCCGCCCGGCUCUGGUGAUGGGCAAAAGAAAUGGACUACUUUGGUACACAGUGGUGUUAUUUUCCCACCUCCCUACAAGGCUCAUGGAGUUAAGAUGCUCUAUAAUGGGAAGGCAGUUGAUUUAACUCCUGAACAAGAGGAGGUUGCAACUAUGUUUGCUGUUAUGAAAGACACAGAUUACAUGAACAAACCACAGUUCAAGAAGAACUUCUGGGAUGAUUGGAGUAAAAUAUUGGGUAAAAACCAUGUCAUUAAGGACGUGGAGAAAUGUGAUUUCACCCCAAUAUAUGAGUGGCAUAUGGAAGAGAAAGAGAAGAAGAAACAAAUGACUUCUGAAGAGAAGAAGGCAUUGAAAGAAGAGAAGUUGAAGCAGGAGGAAAAAUAUAUGUGGGCUAUUGUUGAUGGUGUCAAAGAGAAGGUUGGGAAUUUCCGAGUUGAGCCCCCUGGGCUUUUUCGAGGACGAGGAGAGCAUCCAAAGAUGGGAAAGUUGAAAAGGCGUAUCUGUCCAAAUGACAUCACAAUAAACAUAGGAAAGGAUGCUCCAAUUCCAGAAUGUCCAAUCCCGGGUGAAAGAUGGAAAGAUAUAAAGCAUGACAAUACUGUUACGUGGUUAGCUUUCUGGAAUGAUCCAAUUAAUCCAAAAGAAUUCAAGUACGUGUUUUUGGCAGCUAGCAGUUCCUUGAAGGGGCAAAGUGACAAGGAGAAAUAUGAGAAAGCAAGGAUGCUGAAGGAUUACAUCGUUAACAUCAGAGCAGCAUAUACAAAGGACUUCACAAAUAAAGAUACCACAAAGCGACAAAUAGCAGUUGCUACUUACCUUAUUGAUAAACUAGCUCUUAGGGCGGGUAAUGAGAAGGAUGAUGAUGAAGCAGAUACAGUUGGUUGCUGCACACUUAAAGUGGGAAACGUUGAGUGUAUCCCUCCAAAUAAGUUGAAGUUUGACUUCCUUGGUAAAGAUUCAAUUCAAUAUGUGAAUACGGUUGAUGUUGAGCUUCCUGUUUACAAGGCUAUUGGGCAGUUUCAAACUAGAAAGAAACCAAAUGAGGAUCUUUUUGAUUUGCUGGAUACAAGUAAACUAAAUGCUCAUCUAAAGGAACUCAUGCCUGGCCUUACAGCAAAAGUCUUCCGUACAUAUAAUGCAUCCAUUACAUUGGAUGAAAUGUUGAGCAUAGAAACCAAGGAUGGAGAUGUUGCAGAAAAAGUAGUUGUUUAUCAAAGGGCAAACAAGGAGGUUGCCAUCAUUUGUAAUCAUCAGCGUACUAUUUCAAAAUCUCACAGUGCACAGAUGUCGAGGUUGACUGAGAAAAUAGAAGAACUGAAGGGCGUUCUAAAGGAGCUAAAAAUUGAUUUGGACAGGGCCAAGAAAGGCAAGCCUCCAUUAAAGGAUUCCAAUGGGAAACAGAAGAGGAACUUGACUCCUGAAGCCUUGCAGAAGAAGAUAACUCAAACCAAUGCAAAGAUUGAGAAAAUGGAACGGGACAUGCAGACCAAGGAGGAUCUUAAAACUGUGGCAUUAGGCACGUCCAAAAUCAAUUACCUUGACCCUAGGAUUACAGUUGCAUGGUGCAAGCGGCACGAAGUUCCCAUUGAGAAGAUUUUCAACAAGUCUCUUCUAGCGAAGUUUGCAUGGGCAAUGGAUGUGGAUCCAGAUUUCAGAUUCUGAUAUUUAAAAGGAAACUUGGUAUUUUGCUCCAAAGUUCUUCGCCUGCCACCCUCAUCCCAAGCAAAAAAGGGUGACAAAAGGAAAAAAAACAUAAGAGCCUCCCAUUUUUCUGUUAUAGUUAUUUCCAAUUUCAUUUUCCUUUUUUCCCCAUAUUGUUAGGAAAGAAAAAGAAUUCAUGUUGUAACGUUGAUCUAAUCUAAUCAAGGGCAAGGUUGCUCCUUCCAUUUUAUUUCAAACUGUUGAAUGACAGCUACUGUUUGUCAAAACUCUUGAACAUUUACUAACAGCCAAAAUGCCAGGAAUAUAUUGAAAAUCUAUUG